CUUCUUUUCCACAAAACUUUUAUUCCUCCAUUGGAAGGGAAAAGUAUUAUUAAAUACAAAAGCCCAUAAGGAAAAUGGCUAGUAUUAUGUUUCUAUUCAACUCAAUUUUAUGACCACGUUCAAAGCCACUCAAAGUCUCAACAAAAUGUCACAACCAUAAAUCAGAAUAAGUAGCUCACAAUUCUGAACUCUCUGUCUGAUCUCUCUCAAUGGAAGGGUAAUAAUAUCUUUGAAAACCAUUGUGCAUUAAAGACUAUGGCUUUUCUUCUACCCACCAUCCGAAUCCAACCUUCUCUCCUAGCCCAAUGCCAAUCCAAAUCCGAAGACAAACCCCUUCCUCAAACUUUUUCACCAUUAAAUUUAAAAACCACUUAUCAGUUUCCUAUAUCUUCCACCUUCUCUUCUUCCCUACCCACCCUCCAAACUCCACCAGGUGUUCAAGAUAAGCAGCAACACCAGCAGCCAAAGGAUGAAUUCUAUGUCAACCUUGGCCUCGCCGUGAGGACCCUCCGUGAGGACCUACCUCUUAUCUUCAUCAAAGACCUCAAUUACAACAUUUACAGGGAUGAUAUAACAUUUCUGGACCCCUUGAACACAUUCACUGGGAUUGAAAAGUACAAAUUGAUCUCCUGGGCAUUAAGGUUUCAUGGCAAACUCUUGUUCCAUGAGAUAGCAUUUGAGGUAUACAGGGUGUGGCAACCUUCAGAGAAUGUUAUAUUGAUUAGAUGGAACCUCAGGGGUGUGCCGCGUGUCCCUUGGGAGGCUAAAGGAGAAUUUCAGGGUACUUCAAGGUAUAAAUUGGACAGAAAUGGCAAAAUUUAUGAACACAAAGUUCAUAACUUGGCAUUCAAUUUUCCACGGAAUAUCAAACAAGUUUCAGUUUUGGAUUUGGUUACUGCAUCAUGCCUUGCAACUCCAAAUCCUACAUUUUUGUGGGGUCAUUUGGAUGUUAACACUUCUUCAUGGAUAUCUUUAUACCGGGCAGUUAGGGAAACAUUGGAUCAAGAAGGGAGUUUUCUACCACAAGAUGUUCUACCUACAUGUUCAUAGCUAUGAGCUAUCACUUGUUGAGCUGUUUCAUAGGUUAUGCAUACAAUAAAAUUUAAUAGGUUAAUCUCCACCUUCGAAGAGGUUAUUUAAGCUUAUCUUAUACCAUAACUUAAGUGUUUAUCAAUGUUUACGAGAGUUUAAUUUAUGUAAACAACUUAUGACAUGUAUAUAAACUAUUUUGAACUUACUUUUAUAA